AUGGACACCAAGGAGAAACAGAUAGCGAAUGAACAACAGCACCUCACGCAGGCGCACGAGUACAGGGCAGGAUGGUCGUUCUACCUGGUGCUGGCCGGCGUGGUCACCACCGUGGGCUCGUCGCUGCCGGUCGGCUACAACAUCGGUGUGGUGAACACACCAGCGGAGGUUAUCAAGACAUUCUGCAAUGAGAGUUUUGUAAGCCGUUACAAUCUACCUCUGAACGACACGUGGCUGAACGUUCUCUGGUCUUCCAUUGUCUCCAUAUUUAUAGUCGGAGGAUGUACCGGUUCCAUUCUGGGGUCGGUCCUGGCCGACAGGCUUGGGAGAAAGAUGGCGACAAUCGCAACAAGUGCCUUGUCCAUCGCCGGUGCGGCUCUGUUCCUGACGUGCCGUGCCGCUAACUCUGUGGAGAUGCUGAUCCUGGGCAGGUUGCUGGUCGGUUUGGCCGGUGGGCUGACGACGAGCAUAGUGCCGAUGUACCUCACGGAGCUGUCGCCGCCGCGGCUGACGGGCGCCAUGGGGGUGGCGUGCCCCAUGGGGGUCAACGUGGGCGUCCUCGUCGGCCAGCUCAUGGGCUUGAACUUCUUGUUAGGCGGCGUCGACGACUGGCCUUACCUCCUAUCCAUCUACGCUUUACUAGUCAUUAUUUGUUUACCCAUAUUGUUUAUUUUACCAGAAAGUCCAAAGUACCUGUUUAUCAUUAAGAGCAACGAAUCUACUUCUAUUAAAGAGCUGAGCCGGCUGAGGGGCGCCUCGUGCAGCGUGCUGUCCGAGGAGCUAGAGAUGCUGCACGAGGAGCGGCGGGCGGCGCAGACGGCCGCCAGCGCUGACGGCGGCUGGGGAAUGGCACGCGUGGCGGCCGAGCCCCGCCUGCGCCUGCCGCUGCUGCUCGUCUGCAGCAUGCAGGCCGGCCAGCAGACCAGCGGCAUCAAUGCGGUGUUCUACUACUCGCAGACGAUAUUCAAGCAGGCGGGGCUGUCGGAGAGCAGCGCGCAGUACGCCACCAUCGGCUGCGGCUUCAUCAACGUGUGCACGGCGGCGCUGAUGCUGUACCUGCUGCCGCGCAAGGGCCGCCGCCCUCUGCUGCUCGGCUCGGCGCUCAGCGCCGCCGUGUGCCUGGCCGCCCUCGCCGGCGCCAUGACCUGCAUCGAGACAGUUUCGUGGAUGCCCUACAUGUGUAUGAUAGCAGUUCUCCUGUACGUUCUAGUCUAUGGGUUCGGUCUUGGGCCCAUACCUUACUUCAUAGCCUCAGAAAUGUUCGAGGUGGGCCCCCGGCCGGCCGCCAUGGCGUGGGGCUCGCUGGCCAACUGGGGCGGCAACUUCCUCGUGGGCAUGUGCUUCCCCACCAUGCGCCGCCUCAUCGGGCCCUACUCCUUCCUCGUCUUCUCCGCCAUCACGGGCGCCCUGUUCCUAUUCGUCAGGAGCUACUUGCCGGAAACGCGGGGCAGCUCCCCGUCGCAGGUGUGGCAGCAGUGCGCGCGGGGGCUCCGCUCGCGGGCCGGCCGCGCCGCGCCGCGCGUC